ACUUCCGGUUGAAUGGCAGCUUUGUAAAGUUGACAAAGUUGUCUUUCGUCAGAUAAAAUGGGGGAAUUUGCCAUUUACCAGACCUUACUUCUGCAUUAAAUGAUGCAUUAUAGUGAAAUCUAAAUUGUCUACAAAAACUGUCAUUUAAUAUUGUUGUCUUUGUAAUCAAAUUUUCUGUAAAGUUUAAUGUAGACGUGUCACUUAAUAUUUUGACAUUUGUUCCCGCCAUAUAUAACAAUGUUCAUCAAGCUGAUAUUGUUUCUUGUAUACAUUGUUAUACUAUUUCUGCUGACACGUAUACUUGAAACUUUAACAUGGAUUGAAAUGGGUAAUCUGUCACGCAGACUCCUUGACCCAAUGACCAUGUCUGUCAUGAAACUUAAGGCCUUGCUAGACCAAAGAGGGAUCAGUUAUGAAGGAGCAAUAGAGAAACAAGAGCUUGCUGAAUUAGUUGAAUCAUCAGGUGCCAUUGCAGAAGACACAAAGACAAAUAAGGAAGAAGAAAUUUCAACAGUUGCUGUAACAAAUUUUACAACCGGAAGUCUGUUUGAUGAACAUGUAGAGGAUGCUAAGGAUAGCAUUUGGUUGGUUUAUAUCAUACCAGAUCAAAGCCAUGUCAACUACUUAGCGGAUACCAGCUGGAAUAUCAUCAAACAAAAAAUGUCUAAAUUUGGUGUUAAUAUAGGAGUUUUUGAUUGUAGUUUAGACCCUAUGUAUUGUGCAAGAAGAGAUUGGUAUUAUACUUGUCUUAUACUUGGUCUCCCGGAAGAGUUUCAGACAAAAUCUAAAGUUACUUUGUUUCAAUAUACAGGACCAUUUAAAGUAAACAACAUCCAUUCAUGGAUAAAAGAAAGUAUCAGUAAGAAAGUGCACACAGUGAACAGUUUGAACUCAUACUCCAACAAUUGGAUGCAGUAUAUAACUUCUAGAGAUCCAUCAGAAGUUAGGGUCGUCAUGUUUUCCAAAUAUCCAUCCAUUCCACUAUUCUAUUCUUCGGUCAGUGUCAAGUUUCCAGGUCGUGUCAAAUUUGGUUUUGUUGAUAGCGGAAGUAAAAGUGGAAAAGAUAUUCUGUAUAAUAUUCAAUCAAUAAAACCUCCUACUUAUCUUAUAAUUACAAAUGAAUACAUUCUGGUUUAUGGGCAAAACUUUGGAGAAGAUCUUAAUUUUAAAUCCAUGGAAACUUAUUUGAAAACUUUAUAUCCUUGUGUCAAUGAUAUUUUUAUUUUGAGUUUAAUAAUAUGUAAUUGUGUAACACUAUUGGAAAUAAGUUUAGCACAGGGAACAUUUAUAAAGAGAUUGAUGAAGUUUAUCUGGUGUAUUGUAAAGAUUAAUAUGUGUCUGUUAUUAAUAUGGAUAGCUUUACUGACACUAUUACAACUUCCCUUAAUGCAUAACUUAACAGUUCUGUGUUUAAAAUUACUAAGAUUAUGUCGACUAUCAACAUUUGGAACACUUUUCUAUAAAGAUUAUUGUUUUUACUCCCGUCACUUUGUUUUUACUGAAAUAUUUUUUUGUUUAUAUCUUGUAACCGUUGGAUACAUACAAUACAAACGUAAAGGACCACUGGAAGAGGAAGAGGAUGUUGAAGCCGAUGAAUGGAACUUUUCAGAGUUUAGAACUUUAGAACAUUUAUUUAGUCCCACAGCAGGUUUGUUCAGAUCUGCUGGAAUCCCAGCAAUUGAUCCAGAAAGAGUUUAUAUGAGAGAUAUGCCUACCCUUAGACAGAUAUGUAGCGUCCCCGAUGAUUAUAUCACAAGAUUACCAAAAUGGCAAUUUAUAAUGGACAAAACAGUUGAAAAUCUUGGAAACAUUGACAUUAUUUCUAAGUCUGAAAAAACAUGUAAAUGUGUUUGUAAUUCAGAUCCCCCUGACAAAACAUUCAGUACACAAUCAUGUGAAAAGUGUAGAAAAUUACAAAAUGAAUGUAAUGAACCAAAAUCAUCUCCAUCAAUAAAAAAGAAACACUUACAUUUCGACAGACUGAAAAAUUCCGAUCCUACAACUACCGACCAAUCAGACACGGACCAAGAGAAAGAUACCAUGGAGGAUGAACAUUUACAUUUAGAAAAUAGUCAGUGUGUGAUAUGUCUGGAUGAUUACACAAAAGGUGUGUGGCUGUGUGGAUUACCAUGUGGUCACAGUUUUCAUCAAACAUGUAUACACAUAUGGUUAACACGGGACAAUCAUUAUUGUCCUGUCUGUAGAUGGACUUCCUACACACCUAAGCCAUCUUACAUACAUUUACAUUCAGAAUAGUUUGUUUGUGUUAUGUCCAAUUUUGGUCUAUCUCUGGAAAUAUUGUUGUAUUCAAGAAUAUACAUGUAGUGGAUUUUGUUUUGUUUUGAAUUUGUGUGAUCCAUUCUUGUAUCUACAUGAACAUGUAUACUGUAUAUUGAACAUACAUUUGAAAAUAAAAAUGAGGAGAUAAAUUUAAUUCUGGUAAAAAGAAAUUAAUUUGUUUUUGAUUUAAGACUUUCUUCCUGAAAAGGAAGAAAAACUAUCUCAAUAAGAAUAAAGAAACGCUUUAAAAAAAAUAUUAAGAAAAAAAUUGAUUAUGUCAGAGAAGUAUGAUCAAUUUUACAUAUUAUGAUUUAAAAAAUUAGGAAUCCUUUUCUGUGAUGUGAUAUUGGUUGUUAUUUUUAUGGAUGGUUAUUUUUUGUUAAAUCUAUGUCAACUAUACAUUGUACUACUUUGCUAAAAAUAUAGACAACAUGUUACACAAUUUAUCUUACAGAUACAAGAUGAUUGAAAAAACUAAAUAUAAGCAUUAAUAUUUGAAUUCAGUUUCUAUUUAAGGAUUUCAGUUCUAACAUUUUUGUCUUUCAAUGAUUUUACAGUUGUUUCUUUGUCUGUUUAGAUUAAAAGAAAUCAUUUAGGAUAAUAGUCAAUACAUAAAAAUUAUAUUUUAUUGAAGUUAAUUGUCAGUUUAUAUCAUUGUAAUGUUAUUUUUGAAAGUCCCAAUUUCAAGCGUUUCUUUUUCAUUAUUUGUUGAAUUUAUUUCAACAGUAAUUGUAUUACAUCUCUUCAAAAAGUUUUCAAUGAAAAAUAAAACUAAAAUGUGAACACUUGAAAAACAUGAUCUAUUUGACAGAAAUCUCUUGGCAUAGGACAAUUCUCUACUUAUAUACCUUUGUGUAUACAGUGCUGUUUUAGCUAUCUGAAGUUGUUAUUUUUUUUGUUUUAUUUAGUUUAUUUAAUUUUUUCUUAUAGAAUUGUUAUAUAAUUAUUUUUUUUUUCAUUAUUUGAAUCAUUAUACUUCUACUAUUAUAUACACACUAAUUAGUGCAUGGCUGAGCCAUAACUUAGUUUAUUGUUGUAGUAUCAGUACAAUGCAAGUCUUCCAUAUCUUUUUGCCAACUUUUAGAAAUGAUUAUAUUUAUCAACAUGUACAAUUAUCAGUGAGUAUAUAUUAUAGGUAUUUUAAAUAUAAUUUAUUAUUAUUUAAUUCUUGUUUCUCGAAAUUGUUUCCUGUUUUGUGCUAUUUCAGAAGUUUUAAGGUGGUAUGGGUGUCUUUCGCCAUCUUGGAUUGUAAAAAACAGAGAAUCUAAGGUCCAUAUUUUCUAUCAAGUUAGCAAAAUUUGAUGCAGGAAUGCAAUAUUUAAUGUGAAUUUUCAUUUAAAAGAACCAAUUUAUAAGAAUAUAACUUAGAAAUAUUAAAUUUUUAGAAGUGUAGAUUAUUUUUGGUUGUUUUUUUUAAUAUUUUCAAAUUGGCAUUUUAAGGGGAGGUAACUCUAAAACAGUGCAUUUUCUGAAGGACUCUACAUGAAAUUUUCCUAUUUUGUCUUUUAGCCGGAAAAAACUUAUGAUGACCCUAUCUUUUCUUUUGAUAUUCUAAAAGCAUUGUCUGAAAGCUAUCUUUUUCUAAUUUAUUAUACGAUUCUAUCAUUUUGUUUAGUUUCUAUUCACAAAAUGGUGCUUUUUCCUGUAUAAUCCAUACAAAAUUUGUCAUUUUGUCACAACCUGUAGCUUGUGAAAAUGCGCAGUGACCUAUCAUUUUUAUAACAUUUUUGAGCAUGUAUCAAUAGAUACUACAUUUUGACAAAGUAUGAACAAAUUCUAUCAUUUUUAUUUUAGACUCCCAUACCACCUUAAUAUUUUUAAAGCUGUUAAACUAAAUUUAACUUAAGUUCAGAACAUCAAAAGCAAAAAUUCCUUUGGUAGAUUAAAUUUUCAAAUAAUCACUAUGGUAAUCUUAUGGUUAAAUUAGUUUGGCAUUCAUUAUCACUGAACUAGUAUAUAUAUUUGUUUAGGGGCCAGUUGGAGGACGCCUCCGGGUGCAGGAAUUUCUCGUUACAUUGAAGACCUGUUGGUGACCUUCUGCUGUUGUUUUUUCUUUGGUCGGGUUGUUGUCUCUUUGAUAUAUUCCCCAUUUCCAUUCUAAAUUUUAUUGAAUAAUUAUUUACAUAUUCAUGAAUAGACGUAUUAUCUGCUCACUUGUUGACUACUUUUUCAAAAUUUGAAUUUUUUGCUAAGUUAAUCAUUGACCUAACCAUUCUAUUUUACACUUAUCCUCAUUUGGAGUAAGAAAGUGUUUUGAUUCUGUGGUUCUUGUUAAAAAAAUCACCAGAUAGCUUUUGGUUAGAAUGAUAGCAGUUUCUGGAGUUAGCUCCAUUUAAUUGUUAAUUGCUUGGACAUUUCAAUCACAUUAUAUCUUGAAUUAUAUAUUUUUCUACUGUAUCUGUUUAGUAUGUUUUUAAUGAGAUAAUAAAAAUUGAGAAUAGAAAUGGGGACUGGGUCAAAGAGCAGAGUAAGAUUUUAUGAAGGAAAAGUUAAUCAGAUCAGAAUAUCAUUUUAGUUUUGUUAAUGAAAUGAAUUACAAAUUUAGAAAUUAUAAGGUAUAUUAAUAUUUGACAGUAUGAAACAUGUAAAUGAUAUAGAAAACUGUUAUAUAAUGAUAGUUUAUAUGAAAAGUAACAACAAAUUAACAACAGUAUUCACUUGAAAUAAAAAACAGAGUAGCACUAAUUGUUAUCUAUAUGAUAUAUUUGAUGAAUAAAAUAUCACUAAUUGAUAA